AUGGAUACAAGAUCACGAACAAGUGGUCCUCUCACUGAAGCAACAGAGUAUGUCAAACAUGGUGGUGGUCGAUAUGCUUUAGCUACAGCAAUUUUAGACAGCAUUGUACUCGUAUUUGUUAUCGUUAUUGCAUUUCUUCUCCGAGCAUCUGAUAUAUUUCCUGUUCGUCAACAACGCUUUUUAUGUGAUGAUCCUCGAUAUUAUCAAUCAUAUGAAGAUGGUAAUACGGAAAGGAAUUAUGUUUUAUUAUCGAAUAUUGCUUUAUAUUCAUUAUGUUUAUUCAUACCAAUAUUAGUGAUUACAAUUAUUGAGCUUAUUCGAUCAUUUUUAUGCUAUAGUUCAUAUAAAACACGUUUUUCAAUUAAAUUAAAAGAAUGUCUACUAUUAUCAUUUGCAAAAAUAUUAAAAUAUAUCUCGGUAUUUAUAUUUGGUGCACUUUCAACAACAAUUAUAACUGAUAUAUUAAAAAUUAUGUCUGGAAGAUUAAGACCAUAUUUUUUAACAUUAUGUAAUCCGGAUCAAAAAUCAUGCAAUGGAAUGGGUUUGACAGAUGCAGAUUUUGUUUGUUUAUCAAAAAAUAUGACGGCUGUAAUGCGUGAAGCAAGAUUAUCGUUUCCCUCACUUCAUGCAUCAUUGUCAAUGUAUAGUGCUAUUUUUCUUGCUAUUUAUUUACAUCGAGGAGUGACCAUAGAACGUGUUCGUAUUGUAAAACCAUUUUUAAUUUUAUCAUUAAUUACUUUAUCGAUUGUAUGUGGUGUUGUUCGAUUAGCAAGCAAUCAUAAUCAUUGGGAAGAUGUUUUUGUUGGUUUUGCAUUAGGCUCAAUAAUUGCCAUUUAUCUUGUAAGAACAAUACGGCAAAAUAUAAAACCUGAUAUCGGCGCUCCAGUUCGUGCAUAUGAUGAUUAUCAAUCGUAUGUCGAUGAUCAUAUACAUUAUCCUAAAGAGAUUGAUGCCAGUUAUGCACCAGGAUUCGAUGCCGUAUACCAAACAACUACACCCCAUAGCCUUAGUGUACCUGAACAAUUUUCAUUACAACCAAGUGCAUCGCAAGGACAUAUUGCGGGAGGUUUUUCUCGUCAUCGUUAUGAUUUAAAACAGCAGCAACAAUUACAACAACAACAACAGCAGGCUUUGGCAAAUCAACAACAUGAGAAAAAUGGAAGUGUAGUACAACAACUUGUACAUCAAAUUCAACAUCAACCUCAACAAUCAGUUAGUCAAAGAGCAAGUACAUCGAUGCGAUAA